GGCUGCAAAUGCUGGCCCACUUCUGAAAAGAAAGGGUCAACCACUACCCAGUCUGUGCUCCUGCAGUCAUGGCGUCUCGGAUUGGAUUACGCAUGCAGCUCAUGAGAGAGCAAGCUCAGCAGGAUGAACAGCGAGAACGUAUGCAUCAGCAACAUUUCCAGCAUCAUCAGCUUAUGCCUUCCAAUGCAUCCCCUGCAAUCAGCACACCUGCUUCCUUUCAGCCACCUCCACCUGUUCCAGUUGAAGUCCUACAGGUGCAGACUCACCUUGAGAACCCAACAACUUACCACCUGCAGCAGUCCCGAGACAAGAAGGUUCGCGAUUAUCUGUCAGAUACCUAUGGCAACAAGUUUGCUGCUCAUCUUAGUCCACACAGGCUGUCUCCUAAACCCCCACCUGCUCCUCCAUCUCCUGCAAACCGCACUACUCUCCUUUCAUCAUCAGCAGGAAACAGCGCACCUAACAGUCCCAUGGCCAGAAUGAACUUGUGCUCUAAUCCAGAACGUGAAAUGGAUGAUGUCCUUGAUAGCAUAAUUAGCCUAGAUGAUAUGUAUGGAUGCACUGAACCUGCCCUUUCCAUGCCAAAUACGCUGCCAUUUUCCAGUAGUCAUUUGGGGCUCUAUUCUGAUAGUCCACGCAUUAGUGAUACCAUUGUUGGCAUCACCAGCAAUUCAUGCCCAGCAGACUUGCCAAUAAAGAGGGAGUUAUCAGAUGCAGAAAAUCGUGCUCUUGUUCGUGAACGUCAGAAAAAGGAUACACAUAACAUGAUUGAACGAAGGAGAAGAUUCAACAUUAAUGAUCGUAUAAAGGAGCUGGGCACUUUAAUUCCAAAAACAAAUGACCUUGAAACACGUUGGAAUAAAGGGACAAUCUUGAGAGCCUCUGUGGAUUAUAUUAAACAUAUGCAGAAAGAGCAACAUCGGAGCCGAGACUUGGAGGUUCAUUCCAAGCAUCUGCAACAGGCCAACAAACAGCUGUGGCUUCGGAUCCAGGAGCUGGAACUGCAGGCACAGGCACAUGGCCUUUCUUCAACUUCUCCUCAUGGGGUAAACCACACUGAUGCCGCCAAGCAUGAACCAGAUCCUAUGACAGGUGUUCAGCAGCAGCAGCUCGGAGUUCCUCAGCAGACUACAUACCAGCAUGUAGUGGACUUUUCUGCAGGUGUUGGAUACCAAAACAGCGCCUGUGCAGACACUUCUUUCCCUGCAAUUUCCAAGUCAGAGCUCGAUCUCAUGCUUUUGGAAGACACCAUGCUAAGCUCUGAUCCUAUGAUGACAUGUGAUCCACUUAUGUCUACCCUUUCCCCUGGAACCUCUAAAGCUAGCAGCAGAAGAAGCAGCUUCAGCAUUGAUGAGGUUGAUGGUCUGUGACAUCAUGAACUAUAGGACCUGGGAUCCUCGUUUUUUUGUUUUUUUUUGUACAGUGCCUGGUAAUGAGAUCACUGCAAACUAGGACCCAGGAAUCUUGUUACCUUAUUUAUGGGACAGUUUUUGGUUAGAAUCACAUGACCACUAAAUUCUAUGCACUUGAGAAUAUGCAAUGAUAUAGUCAGAUAGUCUAGUGCUUACAGGUAACCAUGCCUAAAUCAUGGCUUUGGAAGGUCCUUUGCAGUUGAAAAGCAAUGGUUCAAUAUUUGGGAAACCACAUAAGUUAAUAACACCUGGACAUGCUGUUAUCAGACUGUCUUCAUAAGAAGUUCUAAAUAACAACUUUCCCACCAGCAUCAUUUUUUCUAAAAUCUGUGUGUGA